CCUUGGUCGCUCUCAUCUUGGACUCUCGCUCUAUUAUCACCUUCGCUAGCGACGGCCAAAUCAGCCGCUGAUUACUAUGUUCACGAUCUUCCGGGCGCGCCCACAGAUGGGCCGCUAUUGAAGAUGCACGCCGGCCAUAUCGAAGUCGACCCAGCCACAAACGGCAACCUAUUCUUCUGGCACUAUCAAAACCGCCACAUCGCAAACCGACAACGGACGGUGAUAUGGUUGAAUGGUGGCCCGGGAUGCAGUUCUAUGGAUGGCGCGCUGAUGGAAGUCGGCCCCUACCGCGUGACGAAUAAUCAGACAUUGGAAUACAACAAGGGUUCUUGGGAUGAAUUCGCCAAUUUACUCUUUGUUGAUCAGCCCGUUGGAACUGGAUUCAGUUACGCAGAGACAAACAGCUAUCUGAAAGACCUGGAUCCGUUGUCGGCGCAUUUUAUGAUAUUUUUGGACAAGUUCUUUGCCCUGUUCCCCGAGUAUGAGAAGGAUGAUAUCUAUCUCGCCGGUGAAUCUUGGGCCGGUCAAUCUAUCCCAUACAUCGCCAAAGCAAUCCAGGAACGAAACAAAGCCGCGAAGAAAAACGGUAAAUCGAAAUGGCCGCUCAAGGGCGUACUUAUUGGCAACGGCUGGAUCUCGCCCAAGGACCAAUAUCCGUCAUACUUCGAUUUCCUCGAACGAGAAGGCCUUAUCGAACAGGGCACCGAUACUUACAAGAAGCUCGACGCAUUGAACGAAUACUGCAAGACGCAAUUGAGCGAAGCCGAAAACAAAGACGCCCUCAACGUGGAACCGUGCGAACUCGUCAUGAGGAGUUUCCUGGACCUGACCUCAGAAGCCGGCCAAUGCUUCAAUAUGUACGACGUGCGCCUGAAGGACAAAGUCACCAACAGCUGUGGCAUGGGUUGGCCUCUCGACCUGGACAACGUGGAACCCUACCUCCGACGAGCCGACGUCGUCAAAGCUCUAAACAUCAACCCGGCAAAGGCAUCUGGCUGGAGCGAGUGCAACGGCGAUGUCGGAAAAGCCAUGUCAACGCUGAAUUCAAAGCCUGCCAUCACGCUUCUCCCGGGCCUAAUCGAGUCCGGCCUCAACGUCCUUCUUUUCAGCGGCGACAAGGAUCUCAUCUGCAACCACAUUGGAACAGAGACAAUGAUCCACAACAUGAAGUGGAAGGGCGCCUCCGGUUUCGAAACCUCCCCUGGAGUCUGGGCCCCACGCCACGACUGGACUUUCGAAGACGAACCAGCCGGCUACUACCAGCACGCCCGAAACCUGACCUACGUCCUCUUCUACAAUUCCAGCCACAUGGUCCCCUACGACCAGCCCCGACAAACCCGCGACAUGCUAGACCGCUUCAUGAAAGUGGACAUCGCCAGCAUCGGCGGCAAGCCCGCCGUCUCGCUAAUCGACGGCGAAAAGCUACCCCAAACAUCCGUCGGCGGCCAAACAAACAGCACCGCCGCAGAAGAACAAGAAGAGAAGAAACUCAAAGAAACCGAGAUGCACGCCUACACCAAAUCCGGCGAGGCGAUUCUAGUCGUCGUCAUUAUCGGAGUCCUCAUCUGGGGCUUCUUCAUCUGGCGCAGUCGUCGCUCGCACAAGGGGUACUACGGUGUUAAGAAUACAUCCGAGAUCAUGCCGCGGUCUGUCCUGGAUCGAUUCGGGAAUAAGCGCUCGACGAAUGAUGUCGAGGCUGGUGAUUUUGACGAGUCCGAGCUGGAUGAUCUUCAAUCCCCUGGUAUUGACCGUGAGCACUAUGCUGUUGGUGAUGUCAGUGAUGAGGAAGCGGAGGAGGGCGAUGGCCUGCAUGAUAGUCGUGCUGGGGCAAAACGUGGUAGUCAACAAUGA